AGCUAAAUAAACAAAAAAAAGUUCUAUAUAGGUGAAUUUAAAAUCCGCACCGCAUAUUAAAACGUUAAUUAGCGUAUAUAGCGCUAUCAAGCCACAGUCUUUAGCGCCUCAAUCGGCUUGUGUGACGACGUCUGCGUCAGCAGCGGAAACGAAUAUGGCACGCCCAAUUUUUCCCAACCAACAAAAGAUUGCCGAGAAGCUGAUAAUCUUAAAUGAUCGCGGCUUGGGGAUACUGACCCGCAUUUACAAUAUCAAAAAAGCGUGCGGCGACACAAAAUCGAAGCCGGGCUUUCUCUCCGAUAAGUCUUUGGAGUCGUCCAUCAAGUUUAUUGUAAAGCGCUUUCCCAACAUUGAUGUUAAGGGUCUAAACGCUAUUGUGAACAUCAAAGCGGAGAUUAUUAAAUCAUUGUCAUUGUAUUACCACACCUUUGUCGACCUGCUGGACUUUAAGGACAAUGUGUGCGAACUACUUACCACUAUGGACGCGUGCCAAAUACACUUGGACAUUACGCUCAAUUUUGAGCUGACCAAGAACUAUCUCGACUUGGUGGUCACCUACGUAUCGCUGAUGAUUGUGCUGUCGCGUGUGGAGGAUCGUAAAGCAGUGCUCGGCCUCUACAAUGCCGCUUAUGAGUUGCAGAAUAAUCAAGCGGACACCGGAUUCCCACGUUUGGGCCAAAUGAUACUCGACUACGAAGUGCCGCUCAAAAAACUGCCUGAAGAAUUCAUUCCACAUCAGCGGCUGUUAACGAACGCACUGCGCUCACUGACCACCAUUUAUGGGCUGCGCAACUUGCCGGCAGACAAGUGGCGCGAAAUGCAAAAACUCAGCUUGGUGGGCAAUCCUGCCAUCUUGCUGAAGGCGGUGCGUACUGACACCAUGUCCUGCGAGUACAUAUCGCUGGAGGCCAUGGAUCGUUGGAUCAUAUUUGGCUUGUUGUUGAAUCAUCAAAUGCUCGGUCAGUAUCCGGAGGUCAAUAAGAUAUGGUUGUCGGCACUGGAGUCCAGUUGGGUAGUAGCACUGUUUCGAGAUGAAGUGCUGCAAAUACAUCAGUAUAUACAAGCCACGUUCGAUGGCAUCAAAGGCUAUAGCAAACGCAUAAGCGAGGUCAAGGAGGCUUACAAUACGGCUGUGCAGAAAGCCGCGUUGAUGCAUCGGGAACGACGAAAAUUCUUGCGCACUGCUCUUAAGGAAUUGGCCCUCAUAAUGACAGAUCAGCCAGGCCUUCUGGGACCCAAGGCCAUCUUUAUAUUUAUUGGCCUGUGUCUGGCGCGCGAUGAGAUCCUUUGGCUGCUGCGCCAUAACGACAAUCCACCCGUUCUUAAGCACAAGGGCAAAAGCAAUGAGGAUCUGGUUGAUCGGCAACUACCAGAGCUGCUAUUUCAUAUGGAAGAGCUGCGCGCUCUGGUGCGCAAAUACAGCCAAGUAAUGCAACGCUAUUACGUGCAAUAUUUGUCCGGUUUCGAUGCCACCGACUUGAACAUACGCAUGCAGAGUCUUCAGAUGUGUCCGGAGGACGAGUCCAUAAUUUUCAGCUCGCUGUACAACACGGCUGCCAGUCUGACUGUCAAGCAGGUGGAAGACAAUGAGCUGUUCUACUUUAGGCCAUUCCGCUUGGACUGGUUUCGUUUGCAGACGUACAUGAGCGUUGGCAAGGCUGCGCUACGAAUAACCGAGCAUGUGGAUCUGGCACGCCUGCUCGACUCAAUGGUAUUUCACACUCGUGUCGUCGACAAUCUGGACGAAAUACUCGUGGAGACAUCGGAUCUGAGCAUCUUUUGCUUUUACAGCAAAAUGUUCGAUGAUCAGUUCCACAUGUGUCUGGAGUUUCCCGCACAGAAUCGUUAUAUAAUCGCUUUCCCACUGAUUUGCAGUCAUUUCCAGAACUGCACGCAUGAAAUGUGUCCCGAGGAGAGGCAUCACAUACGCGAGCGAUCCCUGAGCGUUGUCAACAUUUUUCUGGAAGAAAUGGCCAAGGAGGCCAAGAACAUUAUAACCACCAUAUGCGAUGAGCAAUGCACUAUGGCCGACGCAUUGCUGCCCAAGCAUUGCGCCAAGAUUCUGUCGGUCCAGUCCGCACGCAAAAAGAAAGACAAGAACAAGUCGAAACACUUCGACGAUAUUCGCAAGCCAGGCGACGAAUCUUACCGGAAGACGCGCGAGGAUCUAACCACCAUGGACAAGCUACAUAUGGCGCUCACAGAACUGUGCUAUGCCAUAAACUACUGCCCAACGGUAAAUGUGUGGGAGUUUGCAUUUGCCCCACGUGAAUAUUUAUGCCAGAAUCUGGAGCAUCGCUUCUCGCGCGAUCUGGUCGGAAUGGUUAUGUUCAACCAGGAGACGCGAGAAAUCGCUAAGCCCUCAGAGUUGCUGGCUUCAGUGCGCGCCUACAUGAAUGUGCUGCAAACGGUGGAGAACUACGUGCACAUCGAUGUGACGCGAGUCUUUAACAAUUGCCUGCUUCAACAGACGCAGGCGCUUGACUCGCAUGGCGAGAAGACUAUCGCAGCAUUGUACAACACCUGGUACAGCGACGUGUUGCUGCAACGAGUGUCUGCCGGCAGCAUUGUGUUCUCAAUCAAUCAAAAGGCAUUUGUGCCCAUUUCACCCGAGGGCUGGGUGCCCUUCAAUCCGCAGGAGUUCUCCGAUCUGAACGAGCUGCGGGCUUUGGCCGAACUGGUGGGCCCCUACGGCAUUAAGACGCUAAACGAGACGCUUAUGUGGCACAUUGCCAAUCAAGUGCAGGAGCUCAAGGUACUGGUUGGAACCAAUAAAGAGGUUCUGAUCACACUGCGUACCAGUUUUGAUAAACCGGAGGUCAUGAAGGAGCAGUUCAAACGGCUUCAGGAUGUUGAUCGCGUCUUGCAGCGCAUGAUCAUUAUUGGAGUGAUCAUCUGCUUCCGCAAUCUAGUGCACGAGGCUCUGGUGGAUGUGCUGGACAAGCGCAUUCCCUUCUUGUUAAGCUCUGUGAAGGAUUUCCAGGAGCAUUUGCCGGGUGGAGAUCAGAUACGUGUAGCCUCCGAAAUGGCCUCGGCCGCCGGCUUGCUUUGCAAGGUUGAUCCCACACUUGCCACCACGCUCAAAUCGAAGAAGCCCGAGUUUGACGAGGGCGAGCACUUGACUGCAUGCCUCUUGAUGGUCUUUGUGGCCGUCUCCAUACCGAAACUCGCACGCAACGAAAACUCCUUCUACAGAGCUACCAUCGAUGGACAUUCGAAUAAUACUCAUUGCAUGGCGGCGGCUAUCAACAACAUCUUUGGCGCUCUGUUCACAAUUUGCGGACAAAAUGAUAUGGAGGAUCGCAUGAAGGAGUUCUUAGCCUUGGCCAGCUCAUCGCUUUUGCGUUUGGGUCAGGAGUCCGACAAGGAAGCCACCCGUAAUCGCGAGUCUAUCUAUUUGCUGCUCGACGAAAUUGUCAAACAGUCGCCGUUUCUAACCAUGGAUUUGCUGGAGUCCUGCUUCCCCUAUGUUCUAAUACGCAAUGCCUAUCACGGCGUCUAUAAACAGGAACAGAUACUUGGCCUGUAGGGCGGGUCGUAGAGCGAUCAUCGUACGAGUAUAUUACAAUAACAUGAACGAGUAUUUCCGUAGUUUUAUAGCAUUUUUUGAUAAUCCAUACGAUUAUAUGUACUCUAUCCUUUACUGUUAAACAUACCUAAAAAAUUACUACUUGUCUUAUUGAUAUGCGUGCAAACGAUACUCUGCAUUUACACACAGUAUGAAUAAAGAGCAUACAUAUGUAAACCCAAUUGUAAAA